UUGAAGACUUGCACCCCCCAACCAACUUACCAACACAGCUUCUUCACCAACUACCGAAACAGAGUGUAAACUGAUAAGAAAAUUGAAAUCAUUUCCUCCUUUUCUGCUCGCAAGGCUGAGCCCUAAUCUGUAUCAUCGAAAUCAUUUUCAGCCGCUAUAAAGCAAAGGAAAAUGUCAGUACCCAUCAACCAUCCCAAUAUCAUAACCUGCAAAGCUGCGGUGGCAUGGGGAGCUGGGCAGGAGUUGGUGAUGGAAGAAGUACAAGUGAGCCCUCCCCAGCCUCAGGAGAUUCGAAUCAAAGUGGUUUCCACCUCUCUCUGUCGCAGCGACAUCACUGCUUGGGAGUCGGGGUCUAUAUUUCCUCGGAUAUUUGGGCAUGAAGCAGCAGGGAUUGUUGAAAGUGUGGGGAAAAAUGUGACAGAAUUUGCGGAGGGGGACCAUGUGCUUACACUAUUUAUUGGAGAAUGUGGAAAAUGCAGACAUUGUGCAUCUGCUAAAAGCAACAUUUGCCAAGAAUUGGGGUUGGAGAGGAGAGGUGUAAUGCACAGUGAUCAGGGAACACGCUUCUCAAUUAAAGGGAAGCCCAUUUACCACUACUGCGGGGUUUCGAGUUUCAGCGAAUAUACAGUUGUACACUCUGGAUGUGCAGUCAAAGUCAGUCCAACUGUACCUCUGGAGAAAAUCUGCGUUCUGAGUUGUGGAGUGGCUGCAGGUCUGGGAGCUGCUUGGAAUGUCGCUAAUAUCUCGAAAGGAUCAACUGUAAUUAUUUUUGGUCUAGGAACUGUUGGCCUCUCUGUUGCACAAGGUGCUAAACGCAGAGGGGCUGCUCAGAUCAUUGGUGUCGAUACUAACCUGGAAAAGUGUAAAAAAGCAAAGGUUUUUGGAGUAACAGAAUUUGUCAACCCAAAUGAUUACAAUGAAUCCAUUCAACAGGUUAUUAACCAGAUUACUAGUGGAGGGGCGGACUACUCAUUUGAAUGUAUUGGUGAUACAGGAAUGAUAACCACUGCAUUACAAUCAUGUUGUGAAGGCUGGGGUUUGACUGUUACUCUCGGUGUACCCAAAGCAAAACCUCAAAUAGCUGCUCACUAUGGCCUUCUACUUAGCGGAAGAACGCUGAAAGGAUCUUUGUUUGGAGGAUGGAAACCUAAAUCUGACCUUCCUUCAUUAGUAGAGAUGUAUAUGAAGAAGGAAAUCCAUGUCGAUGAGUUCAUCACUCACAAUCUGCCAUUUGAGGAAGUGAACAAAGCUUUCCAUCUCAUGAGAGAAGGAAAGUGUUUGCGCUGUGUGCUACACAUGCCACAAUUCCUCUCUGGAUUUCAAGUUGGAAAAGAUCUAAGUUCUGGACCUUCUGGUAGCUGCCAGGAAAUGGAUGAAUCUAACAGUAUGUCCAGUUGAUGAAAAAUAUGCAGCAGGAAAACGCUCCAUUUAUGAGGGAUUGCACUGUAAGCUUUGCUUAUGUCUUUGGAGAAACGCGUGUUAGCGUUAUAUUUAUCGUUUGAGGUUAUAUGUGAUGAUCUCUUCUCUGAUUCCUUUGCUAUGUUAUUAUCUUCCUCGUUGAAGCUAAACCUAUGUAGAGUAUCCAAACUCAUCUAUAAUCAUGACAGAGCAUUCACGAAUUGCAUUAAAUUCCCAAAGCUGUGAACCUUUUAAUUAUGAGUGAGUUUUAUCUCGUCGAAAGCUGCGAAUCAGUUUUCCUUUUGUGUCUGAUCGCGUCAGUUCAGCAA